AUGGCUUCCGUACAUUCCCGGCCGUCACCAAACUCCUCAUCCUCCUACGAAUUCGAGUCUGUCCCCGACGACGAAUCAUGGCAGUACAUCGACUACACAGCCACGGGAUCUGGCCCAUCGUCCAUCGGGUUUCUUUCUGAUCCUGCCAGCGGAAGCCUUGGAAGCUUCGCCAUGGUUGGAAAUGUCCAUGGAACGCCAUCUCCAUUCAUACCAGGCAAUACACCCUCACCCUAUGCUGCCGGCAACACUCCUCCACCAUAUACCUCUGGGAACAACUCAUCACCCUUCAUGCUUGGAAACACACCUUCACCGACAGCCGCUUCUCCCCUGUUACUAGAAGAGAUGGACCCAAGCGCAUUCUUUGCCGCCAAUGCCUCUUCAUUCCAGCCUCAACCAAGCAAUACCAAUACGGACAUAUUUGCUUCCACAGCAGAUGGUGGAUUCACUCAGCCGCAAGAUUUCUUGACCCCACAGCAGUAUCUCUUCUCACAGCAAAAUACGAAUCAGUUCCAACCUCAGGGCUUGAAUGACAUGGCUCUCAUGCAAAACUUCACAGCCGACAUGUUCUCGAUAGACGCGAAUGAACAGGUUCAGGUACCCCAAGUCAACUUUAACAUGCAGCAGCCGCUACAAUCGGAUCCCAAUGUUCCGCCAUGGAACCCUACCAAUACGAGGGGUAAUGAUGCUAUCUUCAUCAUGGAUGACUUCAACAACUCUCCAUCGCCCGUGAGCAAUUACUCUCCGAGCUCGAUGAACAGUUCGAAAGCAAGUCCCAGCGGUGCAAAGUCUCCGGUAUCGAUACCGAUUCGAAAGGUGAAGGUCGGAAAGGUCGAGAAGAAGAAGAAGGCAGAACAAUCUGGCAAGUUUGUCAUUGUGACUCCUAAGUCCAUCUCAGCUCAUGCUGGUCGCGAAAACCCGUUCGAGUGCUUCGAAGCUAUGAACCGGACAAGUCAACGAGGACGUAAAGGACCUUUGGCAAAUGCCACAAAGGAGAAUGCGCUGCAAGUCAGAAGACAGGGUGCUUGUUUCUGCUGCCACAGUCGCAAGGUCAAAUGCGACCUGGAGCGUCCGUGCAAGAGCUGCAAGAAACUAAUGGUCCAAGUUCCUCAAGUUGUCUGCUGGCAGUUCAGUGACUUCGUAACCAUUCUAUUCCCCGUAUACAUUCGCGGUCAUCUGGAAAGCAAAGCGAUGGCCAAGUUUACUAGGGAGAACAUUGCAGGUUUCCAUAUUCAGGGGUUAGAGCAGGUGUGCUCCGUCGAACUAUUCUCGGGACCACGAUUCAGCACGGUUUUGGCCUUGCAAGCCAAAUUCUUCACCCCUACUAACGCCGAGGUGCAGAACCAUUGGCAGCUACACAACUUGGGACAGAACAAGGUUGAACUGAGGGCUAACAAGGCAGCCAACCUUGGCAUCGACCUCGAGAAGUCCGCGGAGAGGGACAAUCUCAGGAAACGGACUAAGAGAUACAUCCAAGACCUUCUGAACGAGCCAGAAUUUGUGGCUCAAGUCACGGAUAGCAUCACAAGCACAUACCUGCCGGCGAAACUGCUGCGGAUCGUCAAGGAGUAUGCUGACGAGACUGAGUCCCUCAUGGUCAAGCGUGCAUUGUCGAUCUACUGCAUGCAUUACAUCAUGACAAGACAGCUGUGCCUCACUCAACAGACGACCGACUCCCUUAGAUCCGUCGGUAUGAUCGAGCAGGGCCCCAAUUAUGUCACCCCACGAGUCCUCGCACGACAGAUCAAGUCCAUCGUAGACGAGCUGAUGCAUCGCGAGGUACAAUCACUAUUCGAGCUCUUCAACCGAUCUCUCAAGCCGAAGUCCCGACGCGAGUGGGCACCCUGCACCGCCGCCUUUCUCGUCCUCUGCCUAUUCAUGGAGGCUGUAGAGACGGCAGCUGACACGUUUGUGCUCGCGCAGAACGAAAUCAACAUGAGGAACAGCGCCAGACCGGAGUACGAAAGAAGCCUUGCGCUGAAUACCUGUGCCGAGGUCGAGAACAUGCCCUUCAAGCAGUUCGCUUACCAGUUCCACCAAGUCUAUCAGACGCACAGCAAGGAGGCCAACUCGAAAGGUUUCAACCCUGUGCUUGACAUCAGCUUUGCCGAAAAGGGCGAGCUGGACGGACCGGCUGUGAGGUUCUCGGCUCAACUACGAGAACUAUUGUUCGGCGAUAGCUGGCAAGAAUUACAGUUUCUAGCAGCCACCGACAUGAUACCCAACACGUCGACUCAUCCUUUCCCUAUGGAUCCGCAGACAUUGUACACAGGGCGCCUCGUGGCCAGGUUUCUCAUAUCGUUCCAGGACGAGAGAAGCAUUUUCGAGGACCUUGUCUGA